AAUAAACAAUAAAAGGAGCUUAGAUUACGACCAAAGAGAACCGUACAAUGACUGCGCCGGCGUCUGGAGUAAAAUAUUACUUCAAAGAGCAAUUGGCCUACACGGAGGAUCAUGUGUUGGUGAAGAAUCUCUUUCUAACCAAUAUCAAAGAGAGCCUGAAUAAGCAACAGCUCCAAGAUCAUUUCGAGAUGUUUGGAUGCAUUGAAAAAUUACAUCUGUUUUCCAUCAAUAAUAGGACUCGAAAUGGCUACGUUAUUUUUAAGAAUCCUCGUCAUGCUGCCGAAGCAUUGGAGAGAAAGUUUCAAUAUGUCAAGAGAUGCCGUAUAACAGUUCAACCAUGUUAUACUUGGCAUCAACCAGAUGCCGAGAAAUUGCCGGAUAAACCGGAUAAUGUGAAUUCCAAUGAGAAAAAUUCUGACAUUAUGAAACUGAACGAUUAUUGCCUAGAGCAUAUAUUCCGAGAAUUAUCUGAUCAAUCUGAUCGCAUUCAAUUUGCUCGUACCUGUUAUCGUUUCCGAUACAUUUAUGAGGAAAUGUCGCCGAUGUUGGACAAAUCUAUCGAUUUUGAAAUAUUUGAAGAAAUGACUGCAUGGAAAGUGCGUGAUUUUUUUAAACUUUCCGGACGUAAUGUAAUGCAAAUCGAAGGAAAUAUACCAGAACAGCACUGCGACAUUGUGUGCAAAUAUCUUGGAAAGCAUUGCACUAAUUUACAGUCACUGAUGAUCAUUGGUAACAUUAUAUCAAGUUUGAAAAUGUUUGCCAAUCUAAAUAGUCUUCAAAAUCUGAGAUUAUUUCGCUGCAAUCUAAGAAAUGACGAUCUGCAAGCGAUCGAACAUUUAAAUCAGCUUAAGAAACUGGAUCUUUCAGGAAAUCGAAUGAUGACUGUAAAGAGUUUGAAUUAUUUACCACAGUCUAUUGAGUCGCUGACUCUAGAUGAAUGCGAAAUGAGACGACACCCGGAAUUGUUGCUUAAAAUAUUUGGAAAGCUACCGCAGCUUAAGGAAUUGUACAUAGAAAGCUUUGUUCUCGAAUCUCCGUGCUUUGAGCGGCUUAUCAACGAAAAGUACUGUGAAUCUUUGGAGACUCUCUCCAUUACCUGCACCGACUACGAGAUUGAUGAUUAUUAUCACAUUGCAAGGCUACCAAGCCUGAGGAAACUUAAGUUGUUUAUGCCUGAUUUUGAAAAUGAAAUUCCUCCAAUGCUUAUGAAAUGGCUGGUGAAGCAUAAGUCCAAGCAGUUGGAACAUUUUCAAAUAGACGCAUUGUAUGGAAACAAUAUUAAUGCCGAGAUCCUUUUUGAGAUUGGAAAGCUGAGCGCACUGCGAACUUUGAUUUUGCCACUCAACAAUACGAUCACCGAUAGUGGAUUGGAGGCAUUAUUUAACUUGCAAGAUUUAACAGAAAUCGAUAUCAACCAAUAUUCAAAAAUCACGGAUAAUGGUGUACUUCGACUGAUCCUUGCCUGUCCCAAACUGCAGGUGUUAAAUUUGAAGAAUUGUUUGCAACUCACCAAUAAGUUUAUUCAUGAUAUUAUUUUUCAUCUACAAGAUAAUCAAAAUAAUCGUCCGCUUCCUAUUAAACUGUCUAUGGUCGGCACCAAAGUCAAUAAAUUAAUACUAUUAAAUGCGGAUGUGGCUGACAGGAAUAUAAUUAAUGUAGUGUACUAAUAUUAUCGGGAAACUCUAAAUUUUGAGAUUAAAACAAUCAUAAUCCAUUUUGAA